AUGAAUAAUUCAUUUGAUAGAAUACCACAUACAGACCAACAGCAACAACAGCUGCAACAGCAAACACAGCAUUUCCAACAGUAUCUGCAACUGCCGGGGCAUCAUCCAAUUGAUCUUCCUAUGAUCCCAUCAGCUCAACAAAAAAGACAGAAUAGUAUGUCAACUUAUAUGUCACAUACAUCUGCCAACAAAAGAACACCUAAUCCAUUACAAACUCCAUUGGGCAUGCAAAGUGCUUCUAAGAAAUAUGCAUUUACUCAGAAUCCAAAUACAUCAAAUAUAGCUAAUCCUCCAACUAGUCCAAGAAUACCAUCCCCGCGAUUUAACACGCGAUCAACAUCGGCCGCACGAAAGAAUAUCGUCCAACAACAACAACAGCACAUAAAGACACCUGCACCAUCUGCCUAUGAAGUACCUUCUAGUCCUAACAUAAACCAAUUAUCUCAUUUAUCGGUACAAAAUCAUUCUGAUCUGUCAGACUCAAACCCGGUGUUAGAUCUGAGACAGAAUCAAGACCAAAUGUCGGCAUCUCAACAAACUUCUAGAAGACAUUCAGAGUAUCUGCAAUACCAACAGCAACAGCAACAACAACAACCUCAACGGGCAUCUCCUCAAGAACUGCAACAACAAUUACAACAACAGCAGACUCAACAAUCACAACAACAGCAGCAGCAGCAGCAACGGACAAUGUCAGAUGAGGAGCAACAGCUUGCCACUAAAUUAAAGGAAACUUACAAGAACAUUGUCAAUUUUGAAGAAAUCGUACAAAAAAAUUGCAUUGAAAUAACACUUAAAAUUAAUCAAAUUACAAGUAAUACUAAUAAUCCUGGAAGUACAGUAUAUGGAAACACAUCAUUAUUACAACAAUCCAAUCCUUCAACAAUGGGAGGGAGUGUAGGAGGUGCGAUAUCUGCUACUACACGAACAUCUGAAUUACUGAAUGAUUUAUGGACAGUAUAUCAUCAUAAUAUUACAUUAUUGGACAAUUAUUACGAUUUCUUAGUAACAUCAUUAAAACCAUCUUCAAAUCAAACUCAAUUCAAAACUGGGAAAAAUAUUGUUGAAUUAUAUAAAAUUCCAAGAAGAAUGUGGGUAUAUGGAAUAGUUGGAUUUUUAGAAGUAUUAAAGAAUAUAAUGGGUAUUUUCCAAGAUCAUGAAAUUUGUCUGUGUUAUAUUUCAUAUUGUUUUAAUAUCAUUUCAAAUCUAACUGAUCCCAUUUUAGAAAUGGAAGGAUGGUGGCUGGAAAAAUUAGGAGAUUUAUCAAGGAUGGCUAUUGCAUUAUAUGCUUCCAAAUUUAUUGAUUGGAAAAUCAGCGCUGAAUACUGGUAUUCAAUUGCCAUGAAAACUUUAUAUGGACACGGAAAGAUUUAUUAUCAUAUGUGUACUGUUCAACAAGAUAAUUUGGAUGCAUUGGUGAAUAUUGGGAAAUCAGUCAUUUGUAGAGAUCCUUUUGUUCCAACUCAACAUUAUUUACGUUUAGUAGUGGAAAAUAUAUGUACCCAAAGAAAUAUUUUAUCAUUGUUAGAAUUACCAAUUAUUGAUUUUAUUAAAAUUCAUAAAGUUUUACUUAGCAUUUAUACCAAUCGUACUACCAACGAUUCUAAUGGAGUUGGUGAUACAAUUGGAAACAAUAGUGGUAGAGAAGUUAUUCAAGAUUCACAAUUACAAUAUGGAAUUGAAUUAGUCACGAGAUAUGGAUUAACUUUUGGAUCUGAUUCCAAUGGAUAUAAUUUCUUUACUAGAGAAAUGUAUACCCCAUCUACAAGUGGAAACGGUGGUGGCAGUGGUGGAGAUGGUGGAUCUGAUCAAAUGCAUCACAAUCAACCUUAUUAUCAACAUCAUCAAGACCUGCCAAGUGUAACCAACACAAUCGAAAAGAUGAACUUUUGGUUCAACAAGGGGUCAUUAUUCGCCGUUGCCAAUAUUAAUCAUUUGAUUGGGUUUGGGGAUGCAAAGAAUCCAUUUGCAAAAAUAUUCCAAUUACCUGAAGCUCUUAAGGAACGCAAAGAUAAGAAAGAUCGCAAACGCAAAACUAGAACAACUUCACAAUCACAAAUUGAAGAACCUCCAUCAUCAUCUACAGGUCCAAACACGACUACUAGCGCCAGUACUGCUUCCGGUGGAGGUGGUGUUGAUGGACAAUCUAUCACCGCGGGAGAUCUUUCAGUCACAGAUUGGUUCUAUUGUCUUCAAUUCAUAAAUAAAUCAGUGUUGGAACUUUCAAUCCGGAUCUUGAAUCAUUAUUUAAUCGGUCCUAAACAAGCAUCUACGGGUCAUGUUAUUGUCUGGCUUUAUUUCUUAAUUAGUACAGGUGAAGCAAUCAAGAAAUAUCCAAAUUCACAACCAAUGUUUCGUUGGCUUUUGAGAAAAUUAUUUCCUUGGGAACUGUUGAUUACAUAUUUGAAUUCCUUACUUUCAUUCGUGAAGAAUAGUCCCAAAUUAUGUGCAUUAUUGACUCAUUAUCUUCAAUUGAAUGAUUAUAUUCGUCAUUUUAAUGAGAAUGAAUUCUUACCGGAAGUAUGGAAAUGUUGGGGGACAUUAUGGUUUGAUUAUGUGGAUGAAAAAGGGGAUUAUCGUGAUUUAUAUGAACUGGGGGUUAAAAAUCCGAAUAUGUUCGAUUUACCAGUUUGUGGAACAUAUCCUGUCAUCAAUAAUACCACUACAAAUUUAGAUGGAGAUCAAAGAUCAAGAAAUCAAAUGGAGAAUGAUAAUGAUGAACGUAUUAUCAGAAUUAUUUUAUUAGCUAGAACAAUAGCCAAUGAAUAUGAAUUUGGAUUGGUUAGAACUAAUGAAGAAUUCAAAUUUGAUGAAAAGAUUUAUAAUUCACGAGAUUCUGUCUUGAUGGAUAGUGGAGGAACUAAUAGAAAUGAGAAUUUUGCAUAUAUUGAAGAAUUCUUAUUGGGUGAUGGAAGAUUUGUUCAAAACAAUUUCUUACAACCUAUUUCAGCUGAUAAUUUAACCAUGAACACCAAUAAUAAUUUAAGUUCGGCACAAAAGGAUGAAUUAUGGUUUGGUGGCUUUGAUGCACACUUGUACGAUGAUGAGAAUAUUGAAAUUGGCGAUGAAAUAAUCGACGAUGAUGAAGAGGAAGAAGAACUGGAAGAUCUCGAGGAUGAAGAUGUCGGUGAUGAAGAUGAGGAUCUUGGCGAAGGUCAACAUGGACCAUAUCUUACUGGUUCCACCACCACCCCACAUCAAUAUCAAGACUACUAUCAGGACAGUUUUAUAGGUACACCUACUGAUCCACUAUCAUUGGGUGAUAUGAUUCAUACUGAUGACUCGAAUAUCGAAGGAAAUUUUGGAGAUAAGAUAGAUUCAAAUAUUACUUAUAUCACAUUAGAUACUAAUAUUUGGUUAAGACAUUGUGGACGUAUUUUCAAAUGUGUUAGAAAUGGGGUUGUAAAAGUUCUGAUCCCCUUAAUUGUUUUCCAAGAAUUACGAGCAUUAAGAAAAUCCACCGAAGCAACCAUAUCUGAUGCAGCUACACGUUCUGUCAUAAUCAUUAGAGAAUUAUAUUUUUCAAGAGAGAUUUUACCUUUGAGAUUUGAUGGAACAAUAGCCAGUGAUAUCAAUGAAACUACCGAAUUUGAAAAUAAUUCCAAUUGGAGAUCGAAUGUAGAUGAAACUAUUUUGAAUUGCGUAAAUGAACACGAUCAAAUUGGAAAGAGAUUAAUGAAGGGGUUGAAUUUACGCUUAUCCGGUGUCGGAACCAAUAGGAAAUCCAGUGGAAAUCUUUAUUAUCAUAAUGAUAAUUCAUCCCGUGAGAAUUCCGUGGUUUUGAAUUCCAAAAUGGCAAAGCUCUUCAAGUACUGUAUAUUGAUUACGGAUGAUAGAAAUAUGAGAUUACGAGCCAAAACAAUAGGGUUGACUUCCUUUCAGAGUAAAUGGUUAUUCAGCCAAUUAGAAACGGUGUUCCCUAAUAGAUGCAUAGAUUAG